AUGACAUCCAUGCAAGUCUACUACGAACAAGCCGAGGUCCCCAAUUGGCUCAAUGCCAUUUCUGGGGACAACGGAAGCAUCGACCCAAGGACACUUGGAGUCCACCAGGUGGUCACCACUCAGCACAGCACCUGUCACCCAGACCAACCAUCUGAGUCUGAACAACACCCAUCACCGCAGUCAUCGUGCUGUUCCUCCCUCGAUCUACGAGAUAUAGGCCCACUAAAGCUGGAGCAUGAAACUCCAGUCGCGAGAAUAAUCGGCAAAUCAUCUCUUCAUCGGCUGUACGCUCGAAUCAGCCAAUACGACCCACGGCGGACAUUCACCGAGUUCUGCAACCAAGAAGACUCAGUCUCGCUGGCCACGACUGCAACCGACUCGGAGUACGAAAACUGUUUACUGCCACUUUGUGGAGCCCUACCACAACAGUCCGGUGAAUCCUCUGCAACCACAUCUACUUCGCCAUCAUCGUCACCCUCUCCGCCUACCAACCACGAACCCCAGUGGUUGCCUCUUGUGGUUGCACGAGUUGUAUCGAGCAAGGCCCGCAAAGCAGGUCGGGCCUUUAAGAAGAAAUUUUCUCGGUGA